AUCAUGGACGGACGCUGGCACCCGCAAUGCCGCCACUUUAUAUCCAUGUCGACAAGGUUUCAGGACUGCAUGAAACCGAACUGCGUCUUCAGCUCGAGACACGAGCAUGGCUCAGGAGGCAAGUCACCAACAUGCAUCCGGAUGAUGCAAUUACCUGUGAAGAAUCCCAUACGUAUCAGUCCCGCGCUGUGUGCGGACUGUGCCAUCAUAGACGCAGAGCUCCGUAGGGGCCCGGACGACGAAUUGACUGCCCGAAGAAGGGACUGA